AUGAGGCAGGAGAUGGGCUUGAGCACUAUCUGCGACGAGCUGCCCCAAGCUCCCGCGGACAACACGAGCGCUCGUGGCCUGAUGUGGCCCUCGGAACAGCUGACGACGCGCAGCCUGGCACGGGUCCUGCACCCUCCCGCCUCGGAGUCUGACCCACAGCCCCACCCAUGGAUGAGAAAUAUUACCAGGUGUCCCUGUUUCCUUCCUGCAAUCGUACGGUUCCAGGUCCCCAAGGAAGAGGAUACCUCCCAGCUUUCUCAGAAGACGAGGGGCACCCGUCGGUCUACCUGGGCACCCUGGAAAGCAAAGGUCCUCCGAUCCCAUGCUAAGAAGCUGAAGAGGACGCUGGGAGACUGGCCCCGCCCACCUCUUAAUUACUGCAUCCUCAUCAGCCUUGCCCUGAGCAGCAGUGUGAGCAGCAGUCUGACAGUGCAGGAGAUCUACCAGUUCAUAAGGAAGCACUUCCCCUUCUUCCGCACAGCUCCAGAAGGCUGGAAGAACACCAUCCGGCACAACCUGUGCUUCAGCAGCAGCUUUGAGAAGACGGCCGCCUUCGUGUGCCUUGAUGGGAACCGCAAGUCCCGCAUGUGGAAGUUGACCACAGAGGGAUGGCGCAAGUUUCGGGCGGAAACGCAAGAGCUGCCAGAGGACUUGGUGAGGCUGAUGCGUCAGAGCAUGGACAAGCCAGAACUGAUGAGGUCUCUCUUUGGCCUCGGAUCCUCACUAAACCUGGACGGCAUGGAGGAAACCCCACUGCAGCAGAGUGCGCAUUCUCCAGUACUUUUAAAAGACUCUGCUACUUGUUGAAAGGAACAGCUGUUCUAAGAGAGCCCGGCUUGUGGCUUCCUUCCUUCUGAAGAUACUAUUUGGGGUGGAAGAAACCCCAAAUCAGCAGAUGGAGAGGCAGCUUCCUAUGAGAGUAGACCCCCUCAAAAAAACCCAAAACCAAAAAACACCUGUACAGUGUUUUUUGAUUGCAGCAGGGGAGGUGUCGUGUUUUGUGAUGGGAGUAGACUGUUGAAAGGCACUGUGGAAGAGAAUGCAUAAACCUGAGUGCUUGAACUUUAUUUAUUUAUUUAGUCAUUCAUUCGUUAUUGAAAAUGUGGAGAAAAAGUAUGGUAAUAAACAGUUAAAAGUGUACACAAAAUGGUCAUUGUGUGCGUUCUCUUUGCCUCUGUGCAUAGGAGCCAACUUCUAGGGGCCGAGAUC